AGAGAGAGAAGAGUUUCAUGGAAGAAGAAGACACGGACAUGGUUGCUUCUAAAUCAUCAUAUGCUGAUCUUGUUUGGAUUUGGGUUAUUGAAGCUGUGGCAAGCUUUAGAGAAGUGGACUUUUCACUUUUAAAUGAUUUAGUAAAAGCAGCUCCAGAAAUACCUGAUGAUGAUUUGGGAAAGAAUGCAAUAGAAAUGGUUGCUUUGAAAAGCUUGGAGACUUUGUUUGAAAGGGUUACUACUGAUGUUCCUUCUUCUGAUGAUCAGCAUUUCAAAGCUACAUUUGAUUUAUCAGAAAGUUGUGAAAAUGUUCUAAGUCGUAUAUUGCAGGAGAGUUCAGAAUCAUCACAGUUGUCACAAUGGGAUAUCCACCCUUUUCUUAAACACAAAAGAGCUUCUAUGAAGAAAUGUACCUUGGUGCAGCAGCUGAAAGAGGCAAUUCUUAGUGGUACUUCUCAUCCAUAUGCUGAUAUCUUGAAGGAGAAAGGUCUAUUAGCCUCCACUAAUGAUGUUCAGUGUACCAAUUUCAAAAGGCCAAAGUUGUAUGGAUCUUAUGCUGAUCAUGAUGAUCAACAGUCUUUGGAUCAGUCUUCAGCUCAAUCUAAGGGAAGAGAAGCAUUAGGAGAUUCUUCUAAAAGAGAACAUGAACAUGACUUGGUGAAAAUUCAGAAGGAAACUAUGCUGGAGACUCCUUCUAAUGUGGUCACUAUGAUACCCCAAGAGAUUACUAGAAGAGAAAAUGAAUCCAAUGUUGUUGGGGAACCUUGUGCUGAAUCAAGUGGUGCUCCUUCCAUUAAAGCAUCCAAAAGUGUUUGUGGGAAUAAGAAACUAUCUGCAUUGAUUAAAAUGUCUUUGGAGAAUAUGUCCAAAGGGUUUGGUGAUGGAGUAGAUACAGAAAAGUAUCAUUGCACAGGUCAAAAUGAAGAUGAGGAUAUUAAGAAUGAACAACACUUAAUAGAAAGAGAGAACAAUGAAGGACAUCAUCAAGUUGAAUCAAGUACAAAUCAAGCAAGUUGUUUUAAUGUUUCAGCUGCUGUAAAAGAAGAUAAUGUAUCUGAUGAGAACACUGAUAUGGCCCUUUUGAAUCAAGAGAAGACUUGUGAAAUUAUGCUGGAAGUUGUGAAAGAGCAAAACACUGAUUCACCAAAAAAGCCUACUUAUGAACUUAGUAUUAAUCAUUGCAGCACAAUCUUGACAACUCCUCAGCUCAGGCGAAAAAGACUUCAAUGGACAGCUGCAGAGUUACAGAAACUAAAGGAGGGUGUGCAAAUAUUUUCUGAUAGAAGAAAAAUUCCAUGGAGGAAAAUCUUGGAAUCUAGUUCUGUGUUCCAGAAAGGUCGAACUGCUGUAGACCUUAAAGACAAAUGGAAGAACAUGUGCAAAGGGACACCGGAGUCCAAAUGAAGUACAGUGGAUGGGGCUUGCAAAGACUUUUGUUUUUGUUGAUUGUGUGUGGUGUUUUCUGUGGCAAGCUGGCUAGGAUUACACAUGGGAUUUUGGCAAGGAAGGAAGGUUUCUCUUCUUUGGUAUUGAAUGUUCUUUAGUUUGUCCCAUGGUGAUGAUGCCUUUGAAUUUCUUUGGUAUAAACACAGCAUAUUUUGAUGAAGAAGCCUAAAGAAGAUAGUUUCAUUAGUAUGUUGAAAAGUAUUUUGGUCUCUUUGGUUGAAUUAUGCUAUCUUUUGUAUAUGGUGAUCAUCUAUGUACUUGUGUAGUUUCCUUUGUUGGCUGAAUAUUGUUGUCAAAUUUCUCAACUUCUAAUGAAACUAUCUUCUUAUCCUC